CAUUCGCAGUGUGCACAGUGCCCUGGUCAAAUGUUUUUGUUUGUUGUGUUUAUUUUUUACUUAUUUCGCGUUUAAAAGUGUUUUAAAGUGAGAUUUAAAGUGCAAUGGAGCUACCGAAGGAGUUAUCCGUUGCGGAGAUCCGUAAUUACAUGUUGGCAAACGAGUGCAAGGUGACAAAUCACGCCUUGGUGAAGCACUUCAAGAAAUUCCUAACUCACCCGCAGUCGCAAAAUGAGGCUCGCAAGCGAUUCAAGACCUAUGUCACACUGCUGUCCACCAUCAAGAACGAGAACAAUCAGAAGUUUUUGAUAUUGCGCAAGAAAUACGUAAACGAAUGCCCCACGGAUGAGGUUGUGGAGCGCGCGGUGGCCGCCGCAUCUGGUAUUCCGGAGCCCUCAAGUCCCGGCGGCGCAUCUCUUAACUUUGACUCGCCCAUGAGGCAGCCACCGCCAUAUAAACCGCCGCCCAUGGUCACCUCUCCGCCAGCCGUUUCCAUUGCCAAGGAGCACCAGGAGAAUUACCAGGAGUGCGUGGACGAAUUCACGGCUGCCAUAAAGCGCAUUGAGCCAGCACGCUUGGAGAGGCGAACGUCGGUCAAGUCCGAGGAUCUGGAUCAGCAGGAGAAGCCGGAGAAAACGUCUCGAUCGAAUUCCAUCGAUGUGAUCGACAACAAGGAGAACAUACCACGUUUCUCCUUCUCCUCGGAGGCCUCCUCGGCGUCCAGCACUUCCAUUGAAAAGCCGGAGAUGGCUGAUCCCACAGCUCCCGCCGCCGUAGGCGAUGUGGCCGAGAAUCCCAUCAGCGUGAAGGAGGCCACGCGCAAAUUUAAUCGGAUGGCGUCUGAAGAAGAGGCUAAAAUCAUAUCGCCGCCAGCUAAGAAGAAGCCAGAGAAGCAAUUAAUCGAGGAGAAGGAUUCACCGGAGGUUACGCUGGCGCAUCCCAAGGCAAAGGAGUGGAUAGUCUCGAUGGCGAAGGCUAAUUACCAGGAGCUGGCCAAGAUGGCCAGUGAGUAUCCGGAACUGGUUAAGCUGCAGUGCCCUGCAACGGGCUAUACCGCUCUACACUGGGCAGCGAAGCACGGAAACGAGGAUGUGGUUAAACUAAUUGCCGGCACCUACAAGGCGGAUGUGAAUGCGAGAACGAACGGGGGAUACACUCCUCUCCAUUUGGCUACCCAGUUUGGUAGGGAUAAUAUCUUUGAAUUACUCUGGAAUGUCUACAAGGCCAAUCGGGACAUCAUGGACUGGAGCGGCAACAAGCCACUGGACUACAGUCGCCAGCGGUCGAGCGUCUCGGCAUCGACGUGCAGCAGUGAGUAUGCAAAGUAUUUCUUCGGUGCGGAUGUGGGCAACAGCUUCCGCACGCUGGGCUUCAUUGAGAGUAGUCAGAUCACCGGCGGUACACUGGGCAGUGCACUAACACGGGGCAAGAAGCGGGCCCAGAAUCGGUUUGCCACCAUCAGCGGUGGUUCGCUUGGCGGCGUCGGUGGUGCCGUUUCCCGCUCCCAAUCGAUGACGGUCAGUCGGCGGCCCAAGAAGCAGCCGGGUCAGCCGAUCUCGGGGAUCUUUAAGCCCGCCACCGAGGACGGUGAUCUGUUGCCAUGCGAAAUGGAGGGGCAGCCGGUGCCAUUCCGUGGCGCCAGCACGCGUCGCAAGGAGAGCUUCCUGCGCAAGACCUUUCGAGCCACCGCAGGUGGCAGCCGUCGGCCGUUGGCCAAAGAUGUAUUUACUAACCCACCGGAGCACGAAAUCAAGGCUCGCAAAAAGCAUGCAAUCGAAAAAGAUUUGGGCUUCCUACGGAUUGGUUCUCUGAAUGUCCGGGUAAAGAAGACCACCGAGGCGUUCAGCAACUUCUUGGGAGUGGGCAAUGGCAGUGGGGUGGCGCCGACGGGCUAUGGCAAUGGCGGGUCGGCGGUAGCAGCAAAUCGCCAUCACCCUCGAUCUCACCGAGCCCCUCAUCAGCGUCAUCAUCACCACGUUGGUACGACACGGAGUCGCCAUCCGAAUCAGAGGGCAGCGAUGAGCACACCCUAUGCCACGAACGGCGGCCUUCCGUCGAGGGCGAGUGUGCCCAAUAGCCGGAACAUCUACGAUGGGGUGCACAAGUCGUGGGGAUCGGCGGACAAUAUACCGCAUCGAUCGGAGGACCUAAUGCCGCCGCCCAAGGCGGUGGAGUAUAUCAGCAAGCGGAAUAAGUCCUCGAAGCGUUCGUCCUAUGCAUCGAAUACCACCGAUUCGCCGCGUGAUUCCAUCUGCUCCUCGAACUCCAGCUCGAAUCUGAAUGGUGGCUAUAGCAGCAUGCCUACGACCCCGAAUCAGUUGCGUGCUCCCAAGGGGAUCGCCGCAUCCUUCGCCGUGGACUCCGACUCGGACUCCGCCUGCGGAUUCGACUCAACCUGGUCGGUCAAUUGUCGCGGUUCCUCGAGCAGCAAUCCUUCGCAAUCCUAAUUACCUGAAUAUUGUUGUUAGCACAGUCUACAUACCACCAUACAACUUUUAACAUUGACCAUGGAAUCGUGAAAGUAUUUGUUUUUCAAUUAACUAAUAUAUAUACUUUAAGCAUUGACCAUUAUUUAGACGUUACAUUUUCUUGUGUUUGUAUCUAAAAGUUUGUAUCUUAAAAGUAUCCAACAUUUGUUAUUUCCUAUUUUGUGCCCUUUUCUAGGGACAUCCAAUAUAAUGUUUCAUUUAAUAUGUGUAUUUUUUAAUCGAAAAUAAAGCUUGUAUGCUUUUUAAUGCAUUUAUGAAUU